UAAGAGAGGAACUCAGGAAACACGUUCUACUUUGUUAAGGAAGAGAGUGAUUUGGUUAUUUUAUACACAGAAAUCAUAAAAAACAACAUAAGUACCAACAAGUGAGAACAGAGAAUCAAUCAAAAAUGGCUUCCUGCAGCAGUCUCCUGUCUGAAGAUCAGUUCCAGUGUUCUAUCUGUCUGGAUGUGUUCACUGAUCCUGUCACUACUUCAUGUGGACACAACUUCUGCAAGGCCUGUAUCACCAAGUACUGGGACAACAGUGACCUGUGUCAGUGUCCCAUGUGUAAAAUGACUUUUGAUAAGAGACCAAAUCUCUAUGUCAAUACUUUCAUCUCUGAGAUGGCUGCUCAGUUCAGGAAGUCAGAGCCACUGAAAGCUACCAUAAGUCCAGACCUGCGUCCUACUAAACCUGAAGUGUCAUGUGACAUCUGUACAGGUACCAAGCUCAAGGCCCUGAAGUCCUGUCUGGUGUGUCUGGCCUCUUACUGUGAGACUCACCUGGAGCCUCAUCAGAGAGUUGCAGCCUGGAAGAAACACAAGCUGAUCGACCCUGUGGAGAACCUGGAGGACAGGAUGUGUCAGAAGCAUGAGAGACCCCUGGAGCUGUUCUGUAGGACUGACCAGACGUGUGUGUGUCUCAUCUGCAUGAGAACAGACCAUAAGACCCAUGACACUGUCACUUUAGAGGACGAGUACAGACCAAAAAAGGAUGAUCUGGUGAAGAUGAUGACUGAGAUGAACCAGAUGAUGGAAGAAAGAUCUAGGAAGGUUCAAGAGAUCAAACUCUCAGUAGAGACCAGCAAAAGAGAUGCAGAGAGAGAGAUAUCAGACAGUGUUCAGGUCUGCACUGCUUUGGUGCGCUCCAUUGAGAGAAGCCAGGCUGAGCUCAUUGAGGUGAUUGAGGAGAAGCAGAAAGCAGCAAAGAAACAGGCUGAAGGGUUGAUUCAAGAUCUGGAGCAGGAGAUCACUGAGCUGAAGAAGAGAAGCACUGAGCUGGAGCACCUCUCACACACUGAGGACCACCUCCACCUGCUCCAGAGCUUCCCAUCCCUGAGCACCCCUUCACUCACCAAGGACUGGUCUGAGAUCAGUGUCCACAGUGAUCUGAGUGUGGGGGCAGUGAGGAGAGCUGUGUCUCAGCUGGAGGAGACACUCAACAAAGAGAUGGAGAAGCUGUCUGACACUGAACUGAAGAGGAUUCAGCAGUAUGCAGUGGAUGUGACUCUGGACCCUGAUACAGCACAUCCUGAUCUCAUCCUGUCUGAGGAUGGGAAACAGGUGAGAGAUGGAGACAUAGAGCAGGAUCUCCCUGACAAUCCAGAGAGGUUUGAUUAUUGUUCCUGUGUCCUGGGAAAGCAGGGCUUCUCCUCAGGGAGGUUCUACUAUGAGGUGCAGGUUCAGGGGAAGACUGAGUGGGAUCUGGGAGUGGCCAGAGGGUCCAUCAACAGGAAGGGGGAGAUCCCACUGAGUCCUGAGGAUGGAUACUGGACUGUAGUCCUGAGGAAUGGAGAUCAGUAUGAGGCUCUGGCUGACCCCUCUGUCCUCCUCUCCCUGAGACAGAAGGUGGGGGUGUUUGUGGACUAUGAGGAGGGUCUGGUCUCCUUUUAUGAUGUGGAGGCCAGGUCUCAUAUCUACUCUUUCACUGGCUGCACCUUCACUGAGAAACUCUAUCCAGUCUUCAGUCCUUAUCUGAACGAUGAAGGUGACAACUCUGCCCCUCUGAUCAUCACUCCUGUCACACACUGAAAAACAAAGAAGUGGAAAUGCUGGAGUUCAAAAGAAAAUGUGAUUACAAAUUGUUAAUCUGAACAAAACAGUUGUGGGUUUGCUGGAGACAAAGUAAUUUAGAUUUUUCAAAAUGUAUACAAAAUCUGUAAACUGAUGGUUCACUAGAGCAUGUCCCAUAGCCUAAGGCCUUGACUCAGGGGGCGGGGUUUGAGUCCAGUCUGGACCAUUUCCUGCUUUUCUCUCUUUCUUACUACCUUUCCUGUUACGCUUUCGCUGCCUGUAUCAAAUAAAGGUAAAAAUAUGUAAAAAAAUAUUCUUAAAACAGGAAAUAUUAUGCAGUCUCCAGUCAUAUGUUUUAUGUUUUUAUGUUUCACCUAAGUGCACCAGUUAAUGAAUAAAAU